CAUAGCUUUAUGGGUUUAUUUAGACAGUUUAUACGGUUUGACAUUCUGCUGCUGUAAAAAAAAAAAAAAAGGACAGAAAGGAAAACUGAAGAGGAUCCCAAAGAGACGAAUAUUUUUGGACAUAUGUUUCAGUUUUCCAGUUUUUUUAUUUAAUUUAUUUUUAUUUUUUUUUUUACUUUUUUUCCUCACGUUUGAAAUAUUUUUUUUUUUUUUUUUUUUUUUAUUUUGUGGGGGUUCUUUCUUCUUCCGAAAAAUGAAACUUUGGACAUCACCCUGGGUGUCUUGCCUGGUGAUUCUCCUCAUCCUGUGUUUUGGAUCAGAGUGCGGGACAGUCCGGAGGAAGGGGAGAUCCAAGAGGGAGCUGGUGCGCCUGAGGGAGGCGAGAGCCACCACCCCGGGGGCUUGUGCCACGCGUCUGCCCCGGGUCAAGCGCUCUUUACCCGGCUCAGAGCGCCGGGUGCUCCGCCAGCGCCGGCGCUCCUCUCACGCCGAGGACACUUCUCCGCACCGGGGCAGAGCGGUCUAUUUCACCGGCAGGGGAGACCAGCUCCGGCUUAAGCCCGGCGUGGAGAUUCCCAGGGGCAAUUUCUCUCUGGAGCUGUGGAUCAAGCCGGAGGGAGGGCAACGAUCGCCCACGGUGAUUGCAGGCCUGUACGACAAAUGCUUCUACGCCUCCAGUGACCGAGGUUGGCUGCUUGGUAUCCAGGCGGUUAGCGAACAUGGAAACCGUGACCCUCGAUUCUUUUUCUCCCUUAAAACUGACCGUGCUCACAAAGCGACUUCCAUCCACUCUAAUGUUCGUUACGUGCCCAACCAGUGGGCACAUGUGGCAGUCACGUACGAUGGCCUGUACAUGAAGCUCUUCAUCAAUGGAGCCCAAGUGGGUGUCAGUCGGGAACAGUCAGGUGAUGUCUUCAGUCAUUUGACCAAAAAGUGCAAAGUCCUGAUGGUUGGGGGAAAUGCACUGAAUCACAACUACAGAGGGGCAGUGGAAAGUGUGAGUUUAUGGAGGCAAGCCCGAAAGCAGAGGGAUAUUAUCAGGGAUAUGCAGGGCCACGAGGACCUCGAAGAUCUACCUCAGUUAGUCAUUCGUGAAACCUUUGAGAACCCAGGCCGCAAGUGGUUGACGGUAAAAGAUGGCAGUUUUCCACAGUCUGAGAAAGGUGGAGGUGGACGACUGGGAUUCUUAGGCAGCAUGGGAGGAGUUGAAAAUGCCGAAGGAACGUUGGAUACAACUCUGGAGAUCCCAGUUUGCGGCCAAACCGUGUGCGACAACGUUGACGUCAUAAACAACUACAACCAGCUUUGGACCUUCCGUCGGCCGAAGAAAGUGCGAUACCGCGUCAUAAAUAUUUGGGACGACGCAAAGAAGAGGCCUACUGUAACAGAUCACCAGAUCAUUCUGCAGCACCAGCAGCUUAAUGAGGCCUUUAGUCGCCACAAUAUAUCCUGGGAGCUGAGCAUUCAUAACGUAACAAAUUCCUCUGUACGUGACCGCUUGAUACUAGCAAACUGUGAUAUCAGCAAAGUUGGUGAUGAUAGAUGUGAUCCAGAAUGCAACCACCCCCUGACGGGCUAUGAUGCAGGUGACUGCAUGUCUGGAUACUGGAGCCAGUGCCCUGAACACAAGCAGGGGAACGGUAUAUGUGACCCUGAAUGUAAUUGGGAAAAUUUCAUGUAUGAUCAAGGUGAUUGCUGCAAUCCCCAUGUGACGGAUGUGACUAAGACAUGCUUCAACCGCUCCUCUCCACACAAAGCCUAUUUUGAUGUAAAAGAGCUAAAAGAGAUUCUACACUUGGAUGGUUCGACUCACCUGAAUGUCUUUUUUGCCAAUUCUUCGGAUGAAGAUCUGGCAGGGGUUGCCACUUGGCCCUGGGACAAAGAAGCCCUUACACAUUUGGGUGGAAUUGUUCUGAAUCCUUCCUUCUACGGGACGUUCGGCCACACUGACACCAUGGUCCAUGAGAUCGGACAUAGCCUGGGCCUGUACCACGUGUUCCGAGGCAUAUCAGAAAUUGAUUCGUGCAACGAUGCAUGCUUGGAAACGGAGCCCUCGAUGGUGACGGGAGAUCUGUGUGCCGACACGAACCCCACGCCAAAAUACAAGGGCUGCCACGAUCCCGAACCAGGAAACGAAACCUGUGGCUCUCAGCAUUUCACGCACACGCCGUUUAACAACUACAUGAGUUACGCAGAUGAUAGUUGUACCGAUUCAUUCACAUUGAACCAGGUGGCUAGAAUGCACUGCUACCUGGAUCUUGCAUACCAGAUGUGGCAACCCUCCUCCAAACCUACCCCAGUGGCGAUGGCGCCCCAAGUUGUUGAGCAACAUCAUAACUCGAUCACCCUGGAAUGGCUCCCACCAAUAUCUGGACAGUUUUACGACAGAGAAGUGGGAUCAGUGUGUGACAAAUGUACUGAGGGGGGAGUUCUUCUACAGUAUGCCUCCAACUCCUCAUCUCCACGACCGUGCGAUCCUUCUGGACACUGGUCCCCUCGAGAGGCUGAAGGCCCGCCAGAUGUGGAACAGGCAUGUGAGCCAAGUGUGCGCACAUGGAGCCCCAACGCAGGGACUGAGCAAGGUCUUGUUGGUCUGUCUGAGUGCCCUCCUAACGGCUGUAUGCUUCAGCUGAAGUUCUUGUACCCUGUGGUACCUGAUUCCUUGACCGUGUGGGUCACAUUUUUCAGCCCUGAGGAAACGGCAUUGCCUGCGAUUCAUGACAUCUUGCUGCUGACUGUCAGUGGGAACAACGUUUCACUUGGCCCCAGUAAUGUUUUCUGUGAUACUCCAUUGACUUUGAAACUGGACAUAGCAGAAGAGGUGUAUGGAGUAGAAAUUUACACCAUGGAGCAACACCUGGAGAUUGACGCAACUCUAUUGGCAUCCAAGCCAGACUGCUUGCAUUGCAGGCACUGUCAGCCGCUACGAUACCGCCUGCUGCGCCAACCAGCCUUCACCCACUCACCACAUGGCCUAAUGCUAAAUGAACCUAUUCGCCGAUUUACAGACAGGGAUGUUGUACCGCACGUUGUGUACACCUACCAGGUCCAAACUAUCUCCAGUCGGAGUGAGAGUGAGCCCUCGCCACCGCUGGUGCAUGAACUCGGGGCGCCCUACUGUGGCGACGGGCACAUCCAAAGUUCCAGAGGUGAGGAAUGCGAUGACAUGAACUUCAUGAAUGGAGAUGGCUGUUCAAGUCAGUGCAAGAAAGAAUCCUUCUUCAACUGUGUCGAGGAGCCGAGCAUUUGCUACUACUAUGAUGGCGAUGGGGUGUGCGAAGACUUUGAGCGGGAAACGGGUGUAAGAGACUGCGGCCUCUACACACCCAGUGGGUACUUGGACCAGUGGGCUUCGUCUAUUGAAGUUUCCCAUGAAGAGAAGCCGUACUGCUCUGGUGAAGUGGCUGCUGGGUAUCCUGCUGUCACAAAGACAUGUCAGUCAAAGGUUUUUGAUCUAUCUGAUGGAGUCUCUCAGUACGCAUGGUUCCCCUGUCGCGAAGCUGAUCAAUCAAGUUAUGGAUAUACUACAUACUGGCUGAAGGCACACUUUUCUCGACCCAUGGUGGCAGCAGCAGUGAUUAUACAUUUGGCUGCGGAUGGGACUGCCUUCAUUGACCACACACAGUGCAACAUUACUGUUCAGUUGCUCGACAGCAAGGAGGGUGUCCACAGUCUGGGUGAGUGGCGUCUGAGCUGCCGCACUAACCCUCUGGUGAUCCCUGUGAGACAUGACCUGUCAGUGGCCUUUUACCAUACCAAGGCUAUCCUGGUCAUGUUUGCCUGUCGUCUUGUGGCCAUCUCAGGUGUCGGCCUGAGGUCCUUUCAGUCUUUUGACCCUAUCACAAUAAGUGGCUGCCAGAGUAAUGAGAUCUACAACCCCACAGGACAAAGUUGUGUACAUUAUUCCUGCGAAGCCAUUGACUGCCAGGAACCGUUAAUCCGCAAUGCAGAGCUAAAGUGCAGUAGCCCCGGCCGCCACUUCUACAACGGAGACCGCUGCACCAUCUUCUGCAACUCUGGAUAUGCCCUGCAAGUCCACCAGGAUGAUGACAUCAUCAAGACCCAGUCAUAUUCCUCAGUGACUAUAACCUGUGCAAAUGGGAAGUGGAAUAAGCAGGUGUCAUGUGAGCCUGUGGACUGUGGUUUGCCAGACAAAUACCAUGUUCACCCAGCUCAAUUCAAAUUCCCAGAGGGUACUACGUAUGGCAGCAGAAGCACUUUCCAGUGUCGUGAACCUGCCCAGCUCAUAGGAACAAACAACACUCUGACUUGCUUAGAAGAUGGACUCUGGUCUUUCCCAGAGGCUCUUUGUGAGCUUCGCUGUGCAGCCCCUCCUCCCGUAGCCAAUGCCGUGCUGCAAACAAAGCGUUGCAAUGAGACGGGCCUAAAAGUUGGCACCCUCUGCAAGUACAAGUGCAAGCCAGGAUACCAUGUUAAGAACAAACCCAAAAGACGUGCAUUUAAGCGCCAGUGCACGGAGGAUGGCACCUGGCUGGAGGGAGCAUGUGAGCCAGUGACCUGUGAUCCUCCCCCACUCAUCUUCCACGGCUCCUACCACUGCACUGACGGCUUUCGCUUUGACAGCGUCUGCAGACUCAACUGCUCUGACUCUGCUGGUACUCCUGCUGUUGUCGCCACAAGAGGCUCUGCCCUUACGGUGAGGCUGCUGCACGCUUCAUGCAAGCAGGGUCCGGGGUCCAAUGCUAUUCGCUGUAGGAAGGAUGGCAAUUGGACAGGGUCAUUCCAUGUUUGUCCAAACAUCAAGGGCCAGUGCUCUUUACCUCAAAACCUGCAUUAUAGCCUGCAGUACUCAUGCAAGAAAGGACACGGCAUAGGUGAGGAGUGUGAGCUCAUGUGCAGAGAAGGCAACAACGAAGUGGUGAUCCUGCCCAGCAACAUGACGGUAAAAAGUGUUCUUAAGGAGCACUGGAGGAACCCGCUAAAAGUCAAGAGUAUAGUUUGCACAAUGGGACUGAAAUGGUAUCCAGACCCAGAGUUACUCCGUUGCAUCAAAGGAUGUGAGCCAUUCAUGGGAGACAACUACUGUGAUGCAGUCAAUAACAGGGCAUUCUGCAGCUAUGAUGGAGGAGACUGCUGUCAAUCCACUGUCAAGACCAAGAAAGUGAUUCCCUUUCCCAUGUCCUGUGACAUACGGGAUGAGUGCUCCUGUCGAGAUCCCAAAGCCAUGGAGAACAGGAAAAAUGAGCGCAACCAUUCCCAAGGGUGAUCCACCUGAGCAGUUACCUCCGUUCGGUGUUCCAGGACCUUUUCUUCAACAUAACACAACCAGAGUGGUCAAGGCAGACCCCCCCACCCCACCCCCCCACUUCAUCCUCCUCCUCUCGGCCCACUAUCUCCUGCACAUGCUGCUUAAAAGGCAUACCUCUUCCUCUAUACUGCAAUCCCAGCCAGCUAAAAUGCUUUCACCUCUCUACAGAAGGAAGAUCUAAAAAAAAAAGAAGAAGAGAGAAUUAUGGGACUCCACAGAAAACAAAAAUUCUCAACUAAGAUGGAAGUAACCCCUGUGACACCACCAUCAAAAAGAACAUGUAUAGCAUUUAAAAAAAAUACGUGAAACAGACUUUGUUUUUGGGAAGAUAACACACAAAGAUAAAACAAAACCAUGCGUAGGUAGCAUGCCAUUUGUUGAGUUUUGUGCUGCCUUUAGUAUUGUUUUCAGUUACCUCACUCUACAAUCAUGCGAUUGAACCAAAGGUAAAUCAAAACAUGCAAGUAUGGGAUAGUACCAAUACUGGCUCUGUGUUUUGCAGAUAUGAAUGACAUGAAGACAAAUAUAUAAAGUCACUCAGACACUCACAACCCCCAGCUUGCUUUCAGAGGGGCUACAAGCUUAUGUUUCUAUCACUUCUACAUUCAAAUUAAAUAGUCAGAUAUUCUUUAAAUCUGUAUCAUUUUAUCGUAAUAUCUGUUUCCUCAAAAGGAUGUCAGAGGUUUUAGGCGUUACAUUGAGAAUGGAUGGGAAUGCCACAGCCAUAUUGUUUCGAGCCACAAAUUUGGCACAAAAAACUAGACUAAAAAAACAACAGUUGAGACAUUUUGAAGUGGAGUUUUGUGGAAAAAAAAUGAUGACAAAUAGUAUCUUACCUGCUGAACAAUAACAAAAUAACAGUAUCAAAAAAAUCAGUAGUUUUAGCAAACACUAUAUUAAAUAUUUCAACAUCUUCAGUACCACAGAACAUGAUUAUUCUAACAGCAAUAUUAUGAUAUACCUGCUGGAACUGCCCCAUGCUGCACAAGCAUUGCUUCAACUAGCUGCUGCUUUUUGUAUUUGCAAAUAACCACAUAAUCAUGUGUGAUUAACUGUAGUGCAAGACCAACUGUGUAAAAAUUUGUGAAUUAACAUUCACGUGAACCACUGUAAAAAUAUAAUGAAGUUGUUUUGAGAUCUUUUGAGAUGGCAAUAAUCCACUCUUGGUCUCACUUGUCUUAGCUUGUUGAUUAGAUCAGAAUUAACAAGCCUUUACUAACCGAGGCCUUUCAAAGAGCUACGUACAACAGGUAAGCUAUUGAUUACUCAUAACCUUUCCACAGAAAUCUGCUUCAAAAUAUCUAAACUGUCACUAUAAAUGCAAAGACUAACUCACGAAAACGAACAACAACACAAAUCUAAGAACAAUUUAAAUAUAAAAUCCUGAAAAUAUUUGAUCAUUUUAUUGUGGCUUUUGCUUCUUUCCAUCUCAAUAUUUUGUCGGCUGAGUCAGCUUUGUCUUCCUAACUGCUUACAGUUUUUCUGGAUAGUGUUCAUUCACUCUUGCAUGUUAUUAAACGACCCUGUCAUCUCACAUUUACAAAAGAAAAAAAAAACGUUGACAGAGCCACAUAUGAAAUGCACUAACCACCCCCCCCCC